UAGGACAGUUUUUUAAUUUUUUUAUUUUGUAUGUUUUAGCUCACAUUCUUUAUGAAUGAUCUGCAUUUCAUUAUUUUCUAUUGCAUUGCCCUGUAUCUAUUCAUAAGGAUAAGUGUACUGCAAAUUAGAAAACAAGGGAAGCUCACCAAAAAUGCUUGGCGGCUUUUCCCACGGGUUAUCCCGGUGUCUGAUAUCCCAAUGGAGUAAUUCUGUAGAAGUAUAGCGUUGUGGGACAAAUCCAAAGCAGCUUUAUUCGGGAGUAGAGAUAAACAACAUGUUUUGGGCUGUGCCCUUUUGUGUGACUGUGUACUGAUAGCUUGUAUGGGUCUCACAUGGUGAUAAUGCAAUGAUUUACCCCACAGUGUCUUCAAAGAGAAGAAAAUCCUCCAGAGAAUAAGUGAAGCCGAACACCCGUUCCUGGUGUCAUUACAUGGAACCUUCCAAACAGAUUCCCACUUAUUUUUUGCCAUGGAAUAUCUACCUGGAGGUGACAUGUUUGAUUUCAUCACAUGUGUAGAAUUACAAGAAUCUGAUGUCAUGUAAGUAGAAUGGAAAUGGGGGGAGGUUUCAGGGUAGCAUUCCCACAGCAUAUAUCAUUAAAAUGUAAUGUAUCACAACCAAAGAUAUGGCUAUGCUACAGGCCUUCCUUCUCAAUUUGUUCACCUACUUUCUCACACAUAGUUUCUAUAUCAAGAAAAAAAUUGCAUACUGAUUUUUAUUUUUUCUUUAUUCAGGUUUUACACCGCAUGUAUAGUGCUUGGCCUGGAGGCAUUACACAAGAUGGGCAUUAUCCAUAGGUAAGUACUAAUAUCAAUAAAUCAUCUUUAUUCCAGAAGGAGCUGGUAACACUACUAAGAACACCACCUCCUUGCUGCUAACUAAGUCUUAGGAUUGUAUACGGUUUGUAUUUCUACUAAACUAUUUACUUUGUUUUAAUUCAGAGAUCUAAAACUUGAGAAUUUCAUGUUGGAUCAAGACGGAUAUCUUAAAAUCAUCGAUUUCGGCCUCAGCAAAGACAGAUUUGGAUACACAGACCGCAUAAACGCCAUUUGCGGCACAAGAACUUACAUGGCCCCAGAAAUGUUUUUGGAUAGUGGAUAUGGCAUGGCAGCUGACUGGUGGGCCCUUGGAAUCAGUAUAUACGCUAUGCUCAUGUAUGAGUUACCAUUCAACAAUGACGAUCAGAAUGAGCUAGUGAACAGCAUCCUUUAUGAUGAAAUUGAGCUGCCAGAAGAACUAUCAGAGAAUGCCUCUAAUUUAAUAUAUGAUGUAAGUUGGCCCUAGCACAUCAGCGUCAUGUGACUUUAUCAACCGGUUAUGCUAAGGGAAUACACAUAAUAAUAUAGUUAUCAUUCACAAUAUCACAGUCUUUUAGUGUGCUUUACUGGUAGUUUUAGCUUUCAAGUAAAUAUUGAAACACAUAUUACCCAGUGAUCUCAAAGAGACAGGCUGUGAACAUCAGAAGCAGCGAUUACCCACAAAUAUAGGGGGAUGUUAAUCAUAAUUGAGUGUCACUUGAAUAUGUAACUUAAUCUCCGUUGUUUUGUUUUUUGUAGCUCUUGGAAAAAGAUCCGGAUUAUCGCCUCGGAUCUGGUGAGGCUGGUGCUGAAGUGAUCAAAGCGCAGCCCUUCUUCAGAGAUAUUGACUGGGAACAACUAUUACAUAGAAAAACAAAGCCUCCAUAUGUGUUCAACAACCAACACCAUCUGGAGAGCUUCAAUAACCCUGAAUGCCAAGCUCCAGCAUUGACAACACCUGCUGUAAAGAUCCCAUCAGAGCUGCAAGAGGCAUUUAGAGAAUUUGAGUAUAUGCCUGACUGAACAUCAAAUAAUGGUAGGUAUGGACGGGGUAGGUGGAGGGCCAGGCCAUGUCUAUAUGGACAGAAGUCCAAGUCAUAUAAAGCUAAUGUCAGAUGUCCCAACUCAACAAGUUCUAAAAGAGAAGGCUCAUGUUGGAAUAUUCUUCUUCUUGUAGAGGAACAUGAGGAAUAGAUAUGUAACAUAAAGAAAUCAGCAAAUACUUUUAUGGCAAAAUGAUAAAAAGCAUGCA